AUGCGAUAUAGUGAUGACCGUUGGACCGUUACUGACUGGAUCGCUCGGGACAUCAAACGAACUGCAGGAAGGCCGCCAACGAGAUGGUCAGACUCCUUCACGAAAGCUCUGAACGAAAGGAAUGUUGAACCUCGUGUCUCUGAAGCGAGAACGAUUCACUGGACCACUCUGGCUCGUGAAAGGGACGAAUGGAGAUGUUACUGGCGCCCGCUUGAGCAAGUCGAUGAUCAACGGGACAACAGGCACGGAUAUUUUCUCCAUGAGUUGCAUUAUAGUGGCUCUUUGAAGGUUCAGUUGCUAGUGCUCGGACCGAAGUACUGCAGGAAGAGGCGUUAUAUAUGGUCUGGAAGAGGCGCUACGAUUAUUUUAUAUUCUCAUCUAAAGCCUCCAUGA